GUGUACGGCAUCCUGUCCUUCCAGCUGCUGCUGACAUUCGUAGCAGCCACAGUGGUGGCGGGGGUGGAUGUGCGCUUUAGUGUCAGGCAAUCGCCUCUGCUCGUCAUCGCCAGCUUUAUCGUCCCCUUCAUCCAUAAGGACACUCUUCCUCACGCUCUUCC